UAUUACAAUGAGCCUAAACUUUAACACUGAGCAAAUGUUAUUUGCAAAAUAAAAACAUUUCCCAACACUAUUUAUUAAGUACCACGUAAAUACCGUAGUAAAUACGUUCGGAAUUGCCGAAAACUGUAAAUCCCUCGAAAAAGAAUGUGCAAAUGCUAAACUUACUUCAAAAAAGCCGGUUGUGUUAACUGAAAAGUAAUGAAAAUAUGGAUUCUACUAAACUGUUUGUAAAAGUAAAAGAAAAAAAUUUAGAUUCAGCAAUAAAAUGUGCUGAAAAUUUUAUACCAAGUUCAGAAGAUGAAGAUGAAUUGGACGAGAAAACUAUUCUAAGUAAUCUUUAUCAACACUACAAAGAAUCAAAGGAUAGUCAACUAUUAAAGAAAACUUCUGGAAUUUUGGAAAAUGUUUUACAAUCUGGUGCUGCAACAUGUCUUAUUUGCAUUGGCAGUGUUCGUCGCACAGAUUCCAUUUGGUCUUGUAGGCACUGCUAUUGCUUUUUUCAUUUAAAUUGUAUACGCCGAUGGGCAAAUGAUAGUAUUGCGCAAAUAAAAGCUCAAACAUCGCAAGAUGAUCAAGGUUAUUACAAUCAUUUAGGCGAAUUUAUUCCACCUAAAAAGAAACGUGGUGUGCGCUGGUUCUGUCCACAAUGUCGUGAAGAAUAUGAACCAGUGGAAAGACCAACUGUGUAUAAAUGCUUCUGUGGUAAUGAAGAGAACCCCACAUAUCAACCGUUUUUGGUGCCUCAUUCAUGUGGUGAAAUAUGUAGCAAACAAUUACAACCACAAUGUGGACACAAAUGUAUGUUGUUAUGUCAUCCAGGGCCAUGCCCACCGUGUGCUCAAUAUGCGGUAACGGCAUGUCAAUGCGGUCAUUCAGCUAAAAAAUCUAUACGUUGCGCUGAAAAAUAUUGGCAGUGCACAAAAAAGUGCACACUGCUAUUAUCUUGUGGUAAACACGUUUGUAACCAAAUAUGUCACAAAGCAGGAUUUUGUCCUCCCUGCUCUAGUACCUCCAAACAAUCAUGUGAAUGUGGUGCAGAAAUCAAAACCCGAAAUUGUUCGGACUUAAAAUGGAAAUGCCAGAAAAUUUGCAACAAAAAAUAUGCUUGCGGUAUACACAAAUGUAAGGUUGUCUGUCACAGUGGGGAUUGUGGUGAAUGCCCUUUAGGUUUACCACGCUCUUGCCCUUGUGGCAAAACGAAAAAAACUGGGCCAUGUUCAGAAGUUGUGGACACUUGUGGUGAUACUUGUCAAAAGUUACUUGCAUGUGGUACUCAUUACUGUACCCAACGUUGUCAUAGAGGUCAAUGCAAUUUGUGCAUGAUUAUUAUUAAAAAGAAAUGUCGUUGUGGUUUACAUGAAAAGGAAUUACCAUGUUCUAAGGAGUUUUCGUGUGAAAUGAAAUGUAAACAAAUACGUGAGUGCGGAAAACACGCUUGUAAUCGUAAGUGUUGCGAUGGUAAUUGUCCGCCAUGUGAUAAGAUAUGUGGAAAACAAUUAUCUUGUAAAAAACAUAAAUGUAAAUCCAUUUGCCAUGAUGGUCCUUGUUAUCCAUGUGAACUAAAAAGUCAAAUAAAUUGUCCUUGUGGAAAAACUUCUAAAACUGUACCAUGUGGUAGAGAAAAAAGAGCACGAAUUGUUUGUUUAGAGACGUGCAGAAUCAAAUCAAAAUGUCAACAUCCUAAUAAUCAUCGUUGUCAUAGAGGUGACUGUCCGCCAUGUAAUCAGAAGUGUAAUGUACCACUUGAAACAUGCAGUCAUCUUUGUUUGGCUAAAUGUCACUCGGUUGUAAAGGUAGAAAUUCGUGAUGCUAACUUGACUAAAAAACUAGAUACGAUUAAAAAGUUUGAGUAUAAAUCGUUGCCUCAUCCAAAAUGUGAACAAUCAGUAAUGGCUACUUGUGUUGGCGGUCACGAAACAUCGGCGUGGCCUUGUUGGUUAUCAUCGCCAUCGUCAUGCAAACGUCCAUGUAAUAGAUUGCUUCGUUGUGGAAAUCAUAAAUGUCAGUUGAUUUGUCAUCCCGUACCCAAUCUACUGGAUAUGAAUGAACAAAUCGGUUGCGGAGCUUGUGAAGAAGGUUGUAAUAUAACACGUCCAACUGGUUGUAUACAUCCGUGUCGACGUGCUUGUCAUUUACCACCAUGUGCUGUUUGUAAUGUUAAUAUGAAAAGCAAUUGUCAUUGUGGAUUAUCACAAGUUUUGUACAAAUGUUCAGAAUAUUUUAGAACUGAUGGUACAGAGAAUGAUAUAAUGGAACAGCGUGAAAAACUAAAAAGCUGCGGAAAUCGUUGUUUAAAAAAUUAUUCCUGUGGACAUCGAUGUGUAGCUAUAUGUCACUCAGGCAAAUGCCCUAAUCCAGAGUCCUGUCGUAAAAAAGUUCGUAUAUAUUGCAAAUGUAAACGUUUAAAAAUUGAAGUGUCCUGCGACAAGCAUCGAGAUGGUCUUAAAGAAAUUCCUUGUGAUCAAAAUUGUGUAGAAACACGUAACAAACAAGAGGAAUUACAAAAGCAAGAAGCCGAAAAAUUGCUUUUAGAAGAAGAAGCUAAAAAUCGCCUGGAAGUAGAACAAUUUGAGAAAAAAUUCGGAAAACGAAAAUUCAAAGAACGUAAAACUCAAGUUGAACAUAUCAAUAAACCCUUCAAUUGGAAACAAUUUGGCAUAUAUGCGGGCAUUGCUAUAGCUAUUUUAAUAGCUGUUAUUGUAGCAGUUUAUACCGAAAAUUAAAGAAAAAUAAUUAGAUAACAAAUAUAAUGUUUAUGAGUCUAGAUUAUAAGGUAA